UUUUGGUGAUAGGUAAAAUGGGAUCACUUAUGUAUAGUAUAUUUUUACGAAGGUCGUAGUCCGUUGCUCAUUUUUUUGCUAAAGGAAUGCGCAUGCGCAGUUUUGGGAUGAUUGCUAACGAAAUGUUUACGCAAACGAGCGGUUUUCUUGAAAAAGUUAACUGAAUUUGACUUUAGUACUGGCAUUUUUGUCUUCGUAUGUUUUUGAAUUUUUAAAGCUUCUCUUUAUCCAUUUUUCAUCAUUAUGGAGAAAUAUAAAAAGAAGUCCUUAAAUUUUAUGGGUUUUUCGCGAGAAUUGCGAAAAAACCAAAGAGAUAAUCAAAGAUGCCUUUCACGGCAUCAACGUUUUAGUAUUAUUCGACCUUUAGAUGACGAAAGCAUCUUAGAAGAAAAAAAGGAGAAUAACAGCAAGAUUCCUACAAUAGGCAAGCCUGAUAUUCGGGCUAAUUCUCGAGUUGAAUUGCUUCAAAAAUGGAAGCAAGAAAAAAUGGUGAAGAAACAGCAGGAAUCCAAAUUAAAAAAGCCUGCUUUUAAGGUUGGUGUAAAUAAACCCAAUCCUUCACCUUCUGUUGGCAACAAACCUCUGUUUGCGCUAGACACAUCAAAUAGAUUAUACAAAUCAAGUUUUCAGGUAUCAAACUCAAUGUUAUUUAGUAAGAAACAAGAAAAUCUUAAUUCAUCUAAAACAAAGACAAAUGCUAAUAAGUCAUCUGCUAAAAAAACAGAAAUUGCUACAGUUAAUACAAAGAUUAGUGCCAAGGACAUGAAAUUCCAGCCAAGCAAAUUGGCUCCCAGCAAGCCCGAGUCCAAAUGGACUAAAAACAAAGAUUCUGGCAUUCAAUCCUUCAGUGUGAAAUCUAAAGUUGAUGCAACAUCAAAAGUUGUGAAUAAGGAUGAAUUAUCUGGCAUUAGAAAGCAGCCAAUAAUAAUUUCAAAACCACUGGAGGCUAAAAAGGAAUCUCGACUUCAACCUUUGAAUGCAAGUUCUAAAAUCUCUUCAUUUGCAAGGGAUGGAAAAAGCACUAUUCCCUCAUCUGGUUUACCUAAACCCACCAUAUCUAGAACUCUGAGUAAAGUUCCUAAUCAGCAAAUUCCUGUAAAAAAGAAUGUUAAAAGUAUACCCAAAUUUUCCAAAAUUGUCGUGCCUCAACAGAGAGGUAAUGAUAUCUCUGUGAAAACAAAGAAACCAGAAUCUAAUGUGUCAAAUAAGCCUAACAAUGACUUUAAUUUAAACUCAUUUGAAUGUGAACUUAGCCACAUAGAGCCUGUCAAAGAGUCAAAAAAAUCCUCAUUUGCUCCAGAAGGAUUCAUGUUUCAACCUCCUGCAGAACUCAGUACUUCUUUAUUCUUAGAGGAUGGGCCUUCAGCAAUUUUCAUGAGGAUGAAAAAUCAGUUUCUUAGAACUUCUACGCCUAAGCAAAGUCCUUCAAAUAAGCAAUUCAGCCCCAAAGUUGAAGAAAAUGAAUGUCUCAUGGACAAAGAUAUAGAAAGUCUAAAGAAUUCUCCAGUCCAGUGUUUAAAGAAAGAAGAUAUUCAGUGUUUAGAGAAGGAAAUUACCCAGCAUUCAGAGAAAGAAGAUAACCAGCAUUCAGAGAAAGAUACCAAGUGUUCAAAGAAGGAAAAUAUCCCUUGUUCAAAGAAUGAAGAUAUCCCUUGUUCAAAGAAUGAAGAUAUCCGUUGUUCAAAGAAUGAAGAUAUCCCUUGUUUAAAGAAUGAAGAUAUCCCUUGUUUAAAGAAUGAAGAUAUCCCUUGUUUAAAGAAUGAAGAUAUCCCUUGUUUAAAGAAUGAAGAUAUCCCUUGUUUAAAGAAUGAAGAUAUCCCUUGUUCAAAGAAUGAAAAUGCCCAAUCUUCAAAGAAUGAAGCUAUCUCUUGUUCAAGAAAUGAAGAUACCCAAUGUUCAAAGAAUGAAAAUUCUCACUAUUCCAAGGAUACAAAUAAAGAAUUUGGUCCUUUAAAUAAAAACGAUUUUGAAGCUAUUUUAAGUUCUUCACUUGAAUCAGUUGUUUUAAAUGACAUGAAAUUUACUAAUUGCAAACAAUCCCUUAAAUUUGAAUUUCCAGAAGUUGGCUCAAUACAGAGUCAUGAAGAGAUGCUUUUGCCAUCUAAAGCUAUUCAUCCUGAAUGUUCAAUGGCUACAGAAUCCUCUCCUAUUGAUAAUGUUAAACUACCUAUUCUAUUUGAUUUAGUAGAGACUGACAAAACUGAGAUAAAUUUUACUGAUGCUGCUUCCGCAGAUGAUGGCAAAAUUUCUGCAAUUUUCUCUAAAAUUGAUUCUGUUGGCUGUGAAGAUAAAGAAACAUCAGAUUCAACACACAUUGAACCAGAUGAAAUAGCCAAAAAAAUCCAAGGUAUAACAAAUGGCUUUCUACAAAAGCAAGAAAUUGGCCUUCUUAAAAUUCCGGAAGUAACAAGUCAAAGGUUCAGACAAAGUCAAAAACCUACACUUGCAAGCAUCAAUGAAAGCUUAGAAAAUACUCCAAAAUCAGCCCUGAAAAAAAAAUUUUUAGAUAAUGUUUUCACACCACGGCGCUCCUUGAGACUUGCAAAACUUUCUGGAAAUUUCAACUCCCUAGAAAAUCUGCUAGUUUCUCCUAAACCGAAAGAAGAGAAGGAUAAAGCAGGUUUAAAAGAAAGCUUCACACCCCGUCGCUCUCUUAGGCUUUCUAAGUUUUCUACUGAAUUUAACUCAGCUGAAAACUUGUUUGAUAUAAGAAGACCUACACUUUAUGGCACUCCCCCUGAUGAAGAUGAAAUUGCACCAAAACUGAGCUCUAGAGUGACAUAUGACUUUGACAGAUUAUCUUCAGAAACAGAAGAAGAAAUUCAUUCUCGUACUACUCGCUCAGGGAAAGUCAGUCUUUUAUAUACUCCUCCGAAUAAAUCCAGAGCUUCCAUCAUGAGACAAUCAUUAAAAGGAGAUCUUAUGUCCUUUUCACCUAAUGUAUAAUUCAUAAUGCAAGUGCCUACUAUUUAUGUGCAUAUUUUUUCUCAGCUGUAUAGUUUUUAUACAAAAUUUUAGUUUUUAUAUCACCUUUGGAGUUAUUUUAAGCUAUGCUUAUAAAAAUAUUUAAUAAA